GCUUUGUAUCCUGACUAAACCCUACUGACUUUUGUAGGUGCUGGUGAAUCUGGAAAAACAACUGUACUCAAGCAGAUUAAAAUCAUACAUGGUGAAGGAUUCAAUGUCGAGCGGGAGGAAUAUCGUAAAAUCAUCCGACAGAACGCUCUAACCGCCAUUAGAGAGCUGUGUCUGUGCAUGUUGCAACACAAAGCGACAGUCACAUUUCCCAUCAACCAGGAACAUUUUGAUUAUUUAUUGUCACUUGAAGGACCGGGAGAAUCCACUUUUAUGAAUGGAAAGAAGUUUAGCAAUCUUCUGCGAAGGCGCCAAAGUUCAGACGACGGCUCAGUCGAUACUAUUUUCCACCAAGCUGCGCCUUCCAUAAAGGCUGUCUGGGGUGAUCCCGCGGCUCAAGAAGUCUUUCAACGAGGGUUUGCAAAAAACAUGCAAGAUUCCGCUGCAUCAUUUCUAGAUGAAAUAGAUCGUCUGGCAGCCGACAAAUACACCCCGACGGAUGUGGAUAUUCUACGGGCACGUGUGAGAACAUUUGGCGUAACCGAGCAUCAAUUCAAGAUAGAGCUGGUUACAUAUAGAAUAUUUGAUGUUGGUGGCCAACGAUCGCAAAGACAAGGCUGGGCCCCUUAUUUUGACGACUGCAGUGCUAUCAUCUUCGUUGCUGCUGUGUCAAGCUUCGAUCAAUACCUUGUGGAAGAUCCGUCAGUGAAUCGCCUGUACGAUGCUCUGCAGCUGUUUGAAUCCAUUUGCAACCAUCGACUCCUUCGUUCCACUUCCAUCAUCUUGUUCCUUAAUAAGAUUGAUGUUCUGAAGAGGAAAUUGGCAAACGGCACUCGGUUGUCCUCUUACUUCAAGGAUUAUACAGGUCCUAAUGAUUAUCAGUACGUAACUUCGUACUUCCAGCACCUCUUCUUUUCUCAAAAUAAGGUCCCUCAAAAGGAAAUCUAUUUGCAUUUGACCCACGCCACUGAUACAAGACAAAUGCGGGUCAUUGUCUCAGCUGUGAAUGUGAUUGUGCAGAGGAUGAACCUAAAAAACUCAGGAUUGAUGUGAGAGAGGAUAAUUGCCUCUCUACGAUGAGCUUUCAUCACUACUUUAGAUCUAUUUUUUCAAUCCCCCUGCGCUGCCUUUACCCCCAUAGUUAUCUAUACCAUCCCAGUUUUUCCUACUUACCCGAUAAUGUCGUAUUGCGCAAUUUGUACUCAUUCGUUUCCCACACAUUAUUACCGUAGUAUAUA